CAUUCUCUAAUUUAAAAAAAAAGAAAGGAGAUUAGACAAAAGCCAAAGUGGAACCCCACUGUCUCCUCCGGCAAAUAGAAUCCAUAAAAAGGCGAGAUUUUUCACCCCAAUCUCCGAUCUUUUAUUCUUCUUCAUCGCUUUGUUCUUCAUCACACAGAUCCUCCAUUCUCCUUUCGUUCCUUGGGAGGAUCAGAUCUUGGAAGGUCCUCAGCUCAAGGAAAGGAGAAGGGGAAAGUAAAGGGAUAGACUUUUGAAGGAUGUCUUCAUUCACGGGAACUCAGCAGAAGUGCAAGGCCUGCGAGAAGACGGUGUACCCUGUGGAGCUUCUCUCUGCUGAUGGUGUUAGCUAUCACAAGUCUUGCUUCAAAUGCUCUCACUGCAAAUCCAGGCUUCAGCUGAGCAGAUAUUCAUCAAUGGAAGGUGUGUUGUACUGUAAGCCUCAUUAUGAGCAGCUCUUCAAGGAGUCUGGUAGCUUCACCAAGAACUUUCAGUCCCCUGUUAAACCUGCGGCUGAGAAAUCAAGUCCUGAGCUGACGAGGACCCCUAGCCGAGUUGCCGGUAUGUUCUCAGGCACACAAGAAAAAUGCGCCACUUGCAGUAAAACUGUGUAUCCUAUCGAAAAGGUAACAGUGGAGAGCCAGACGUAUCACAAGUCCUGCUUCAAAUGCUCACAUGGAGGCUGCCCCAUCUCGCCAUCAAACUACGCAGCACUUGAAGGAAUCCUCUACUGCAAGCACCAUUUCGCUCAGCUUUUCAAGGAAAAGGGAAGCUACAACCACUUGAUCAAAUCUGCUUCCAUCAAACGCUCUGCGGCUGCUGCAGUCGCUGCUGGUACACCUGCAGCCGCCGUUCCUGAAUCUUAAUAAACUCAAUAAUCAUCUCUCCUCUCUAGUCUAAAAUUGAAAACUCAAUGCCAAACUGAUUCAGUUUGUUUUUCGCUUUUGUGUCUUUGCGUGUGAGUGUGUGUAAUCUAUCUCUUUGUUUUCAUUGUUGUCUCCCUAAAAAGCUUGUUUGUUGUCAUAACUUUGGUAUCUAUAUAUAAAAAACUGAGACUUUCCUU